AUUUUUUCUGGGAAAUAUUUAAUUUUUGUACUAAAGUUUAAUUGAUUGCGAUAUUAGUUUAAAACGAUUCAUUGAUUCGAGUGAAAUAAAAUAAUUGCUUUGUGGAGGAAAACGACUUUUCUCCUUUUUUGAAUACAGAAAAAAAAUAAGGAAAAAGAGAGGAUCGAGGACGAAGAAGAAGGUGAACGAAAGGUGAACAAGAAGGAGGAAGUGUGCCUCACCACCCGAGUGUGAUAUAAGAGUGAGCGAAGGAAAAGCUGUGAUAUUUUAGGUUGUUACAUAUUUUCGCAAAAAUAAAGGAAAGAUUUUUGCGUGGUGAAAAAUUAUUUUACUUCUCGUGCCCGACUGAGAGUGAAAGGAAAAAGCGAAAAGUAAAAAAUAAAUAAAUUGUGUUUGACCCCCGGCAGGUCCAACGGUUCAUUUCCGUGUGUUGAAGAAAGCAAGUGAGACACAAUGAGUCCGAAGCCACACGAUUUCCAGGUGACCCUGGUCCGUAACUCGCCACAGAUUCCGUGGGGAAUCCGGGUCGUCGGAGGCACAGAUCUCAAUGCACCGUUGAUUGUCACAAGGGUCCAGGUAAACACCCCGGCCCAGAAGGAGCUGCUCCGCGGGGACAUCAUCACCAAGAUCGAUCAGUACGAUGCGCGCGAUUUGACGCACCACGACGCCCAGAAUCUGUUCCGCGAUGCCGGCAACGAGAUCAAGGUGACGAUCCGCCGCGACGACCAGGUGGCGCUGCACCAGAGCGCCCACGCCGAAAAUGGGGGCCGGCUAUCAGCCUCGUCGUACAGUCCGGCCACGCUCAGCCCGGUUCCGCCGGCGCACAGUGCCCAGCCGUUCCGUCCGUACGAGUCGCAGCAGGAGCAGAAGCCCCAGCAGCAUCAGAACUUCCCGCCGCCGGAUCCGACCCCGAUGCUGCCAAGAGUUGCCUCACCGCUGCCCCACGGUCCCCAUGCCUACGCCGCGGCCUUGGAGCACCCGAUGGAGACGUUGCCGCACACGGUGUUCCCGAAGCUGGACGCUUCCGGCGCGUACCAGCUGCCCAAGAGUCCGUACCCACCGGCGGCUCCCGGUUACGAGGAGGGUGCCAACGAGGCGAUUACCAAUCAGCCGUACCGUACCACUCCGCUAGUCCUUCCCGGAGCCAAGGUAUCGAAAAUGGAUGCUCUACCGACAGAAUCCUACCUCAGACACCACCCAAAUCCAGCCAUGCGUGCACCACCACUACAUGACUUCUCAGACACACUGAUGAGACAGAAGGUCGCCGAAACCGUUAUCCAUCGUGUCAUUGGAGAGGAGCCACCGAGCGGCCCGAAGCUGGUUCACAAGCAGUUCAACUCGCCGAUCGGACUGUACUCGGACGGUAACAUCGAGAACACCGUGAGACAGACCCAGCAUCAGCAGCAGCUUCCACAGUCCCAGGCCGUACCAUCAAACGGAUUCACAAACCGCCAUCGGCCCACCAAAAUCGAAGGCUACAAGAAGACCGUCGUGUUUGAUCCGAGCAAGAGCGACACCUACCGUGCGCUGCAGGAGGGAGCCGGCGAGGGACUGCAGGAGGUGUCCGCGCCCAUCCAGCAGCGGACCUUCGCCCCGAACCGUUUGGUACCAGGAAAGAAGCCGAACGCCAACCACCCAGCUCCCCAGCCCGAAUACGCUCAGCACUUCAACUCGAUGGGAGAAUCGAACGAGAAGAUCCACCAGAGUGGAUCUUUCAGACGUUUAAUGUACCACGUGCUGUCGGAGACCGACUAUUAGGUGGUGACAUCCCCAGUUUAAAAAAAACACUCAACGCACCAUUAGAGCCCAGCAAGGAAUCAUCAAUCGCGUCAUCUCUUUACCGUGUUAGGACUUAAGUGAGGUGGAAUGAAGAGAAAGUUAGUUUAAAAAUUGUAUUUAUCAUACACACAUUUUUUUCGGAUUUUAAAAGAAACGCUUUUACUGAAAAAAGGAAGAAGAAGAAAAAACACUGUUUGUUACGAUACUGUUAUAUCUCAAGCUACACACAGGACUUAUGUUAUCGAGAGAAAAGAGAAAUUUAUUAUAUAUAUUUUUUGUAGUACACAUAACAAAUUAUUAGCACACACACACAAUAUGUACAUACAUUUAUUUAAUGCAACUCUGUUGAAGCAAAUAAUUUAUUUCUAUAUCGCAUAAAUAAAGCUACUCAAAAGUACAUGUUAACUCCAUUUUUAGUUUAUUUUCUGUUACAUUUUAAAGUCGAAACAUUUUAGUGCACUUGAUUUGCCACACUUUUUUUCUGCAAAAUUACAGGUUUGCAAAAUUAGGUGGGUAAACUCAGGUGCCACACUCGAGUGAAUGUUCUAGUCAAACUUCGUUAAACACUGAAAAUGAGGGCAGCAUUAUCUUGUUGUUAUUUGAUGGUUUUUCGAAAUAAAAUACACGCAAUUUAGUUUUAAAAGAGACGCUUGUUUAGCUUCCUCUGUCACUAGGUACGCGCGCACAUAAACGUGUGCUGAAAUUUUUCGUUUGAAACUGCGAACACGAAUUACGACGAGUGAAAGAGAUUUUGGCCACAGUGAACAAAAACAAAAACAAGCAGUAAAUUCUGUUAUAAAUAAUUAUUAUGGUAGAACGAGCUUUUUGUGACGAAGAAGGAAACGAACUAAAAAUUACUCAAUAAAGUUGUAAAUGAAAA